CAAAAAUUCCCUCCUUCCCUGGUUUUCUGUUCUCUCUAAUCUCUCCCACUUUCCCCCUUCAAACCCUCGCAUUCUCUCUUUAAAAUAAACCCUCCAUUUUCAUCGAUCCUUUUUGUUACUUUCCCUAAUCCCCCCAAAACCUUGUAAACCCUAGACCCAAUUCAACAAUCGACACUGAAGAACUUCUUUUUUGAAGUUCUAAGUUCACAAAAUGUCGGAAGCUCGAGUUUCAAAUCUCCAUGAGGCGCCAUCACCACCUACUGCAUCGGCGGGUGUCGGAGGAAGAGGACCGAUCCCUCAUCCAAUGAGACGGCACCUGUCGUUAUAUUCGACAAAGCCGCCCUUUAUACCCUCCGAUGAUUACCAUCGCUUUUUCGACUGGAAAUGAUGGCAAGAGAAUCGCCACCACCGCCGAUCAGGACUCCGAAUUCAUCAUCGUUAGAUCUCCGCAAGUGAAGAGAAAACUUGGAACAAGCCACUACAAUGAAGUUGCAUCUACAGUCAAUAGUCCAGUUUGCACUCCUGUAUCUGCAAAAGGUGGAAAAGUCAACAGUCGGUCAAAGGGUACAAAGAGCAACAAACCCAUUCCUCAAUCCCCUCUUCACAUUUCAGGAUCACCUUCUCCAGCUACUCGAUAUGAUAGCUCUCUUGGUCUUUUAACAAAGAAAUUCAUCAAUCUCAUUACACAUGCUGAAGAUGGUAUUGUUGAUUUGAAUAAUGCUGCUGAUACUUUGGAGGUGCAAAAGAGGCGGAUAUAUGAUAUAACAAAUGUUCUUGAAGGCAUUGGGCUAAUUGAAAAAAAACUCAAGAACAGAAUUCGAUGGAAAGGCCUUGAUUCUUCCAAACCUGAAGAAUUAGAGGAUGAUGUCACUCUAUUACAGGCAGAGGUUCAAAGACUUUCAAUGGAAGAACAAAGAUUGGAUGAAAGCAUCAGAGAAAUGCAAGAAAGAAUGAGGGAAUUUAGUGAAGAUGAUAACAACCAAAAAUGGCUUUUUGUGACUGAAGAUGACAUAAAAAGUCUACCAUGCUUUCAGAAUGAAACUCUGAUAGCUAUAAAGGCUCCACAUGGGACUACUCUUGAAGUUCCGGAUCCUGAUGAGGCUGUUGAUUAUCCACAAAGGCGAUAUAGAAUAAUUCUUAGAAGCACAAUGGGUCCAAUAGAUUUAUAUCUUGUGAGUCAAUUUGAAGACAUGGAUGGGGUCGAAGAACAAGUCCCCAUGCAAAUCGCUUCAAGUUCCGGCUCUAAUGAUAAUCCAACAACCGAGACGGUCGUUGUGGAACCGCACCCUCAAAAUGUGAAUAGUAGUAUGACCGCCUCACCGGGGAGAAUCACAAAGAUACUUCCGUCUGAUGUUGAUAACGAGGCAGACUAUUGGCUUUUGUCAGACAGAGAAGUUCCAUUGACGGAUAUGUGGAAUACAGAUUUAGUGGGUGAUAUGGAGUGGGAUGGGGUCGAUUUACUUAGUGAGGAAUUUGGAUUAGCUGAUGACGUCACUACACCUCCUACAUCUGUUAAUGCUGACGUCACUAUUCAGAGAUGACACAUGAAAACUCAAAUGGAUCUAAUUGAAUUUGAAGGUGCGGGUUACGGGUCGGGUAUGUUGUACAGUAAAACUCUAAAAUUGAAAAAUAAAAUAAAAUUAUGAGGGUAUUGUUUGGAACGAGUUAAACUUAGUUUUUUAUUAUUUUAUUUAAUUUGUUAAAAAAGAUAUCG